AUGUCUACUACUUCCAAUGCGAUACCCACGCUCAUCAGCCAGGAGACGACGACGAUAACAUUUUGCACAUUCGGAACUGCAGCGGCUGCAGCAGUGACGAGGACCACCACCGAAACCUUCACUGACUGGAGUGGAAACGAUGGUCCCAAGCUAGGCUAUUCUCCUAAUGUUCUAGUCAGCCAAGUUGAGGCUUUUGUGGACAAUUGUACACGUUAUUUAGAUUGUGAGGUGACCGUUUACCCGAACCCAGACAUCUCUGGGAAUGGGGUGCUCACGGCCUUUGUGGUGUCCGCCUAUUUGGUUUUUGCUCUCGUUGCAUGGGCUUACUGGUUUGGAGCCUUGCCGAAGGGUCUGGCUCGUAAUAUUGACCGAAGGCUCUUUUUCGCUCGCCCAGAACAGUCGGAAGAUAGAUGGAGGAAAAUGUUCGUGGAGCUAGUCCUGAUGCUCAGCGAUCAACAGCUUCUGACCGGUCUCACCAUCCUCAUAGCCGGUUAUACUCAAGCAUUGGGGGCCAAUCUUAGCGCCUAUCACUGGAACGCCUACUUCGAGAUAGACUACGGGCCAGCAGGGCACUACGAUCUAUUCGAGUAUCCGCCAUAA